GCCGGGGUGUGGAAUCUAAUUUCCGACGGAGAGAGGCUGGGUCACGUGUUUAUGAAGUCGCCGAGAGAUAGAGCGAUCUUUCAGCUCCGUUUCUGCAGGUAUCGCUGAGCUGCCUAGAGGGAGAUCUUAGGGAACACUUAUUUGCACGGAGAGUCUACUGGUGAUGGAGUGGUGAGGCUGUGGAAGUAAGAACGAGCCAGGGCAACCACUCUCAAUAAGGAAGCACAUGUUUUUUCCUGCCAAAGUAUAUAAUAUAUACUGCAGUACACAGAGCCAUGUCAAAGCCGGCAUUUCUGAAAGUAGUUUUACUUGGGGAUGGAGGAGUUGGGAAGUCGUCUCUCAUCCAGAGAUUCGUGAGUAAUAAAUUCGACCCGUCUCUCUUUCACACAAUCGGGGUGGAGUUUCUCAACAAGGACUUGGAGGUUGAGGGGGAGAGAUAUACUCUGCAGAUAUGGGACACUGCUGGUCAGGAGCGGUUUAAGAGUCUCCGAACGCCGUUCUAUAGGGGGAGCGACUGCUGUUUGCUCACGUAUGCAAUUGAUGAUCCGCAGAGUUUCCAGAACGUAGCCAUGUGGAAGAAGGAGUUUCUCUACUACGCAGACGUGAAGGACCCGGAUAACUUUCCUUUUGUGGUCCUCGGGAACAAGAGCGAUCUGCUGGAGGAGAGAAAAGUGAAUGCCGAGGAGGCCGGGUUAUGGUGCGAGCAAAGCGGCGGACUCCCGUAUUUCGAGACGAGCGCCAAAGACGCCGUGAAUGUGGACAGGGCAUUUGUGGCUGCCAUUCAGCGAGUGGCGGCUCUAAACCACGCCAGCAACAACAUGAAGAGAAACGAUUACCCAGUUGACUUGAGCAAAGGUAGCAGUAGGAAGAGUGGUUGCUGUUCGUGAGGAUGCCCCUCUCGUUUAGUUCUAUUGUGGUGCAGGUGAAUGUGAAUUUAACUACGUAUUGUUCUUGUGCCGUGAAAUUAUUGAGUUGUGGUUGUAAGAUGGCGUGAGCGGCCAAUAAACUUUCCUUGCGCA